CAGCGGGACGUCGCUCCCGCGCCACCGCGUCGGCCGGCCACCUCGCGGCGGGUCCCGGCUGCCGCCGCGGGGGUGGGCCGCAGAGAUGGCGGACGGGGUCGCGGGCAGAGACAAGUGCGGGGAGCAGCGACUCGUGUCGCUGCCUCUGUCCCGUAUCCGGGUCAUCAUGAAGAGCUCCCCCGAGGUGUCCAGCAUCAACCAGGAGGCGCUGGUGCUCACGGCCAAGGCCACGGAACUCUUUGUUCAGUAUCUAGCCACCUAUUCCUACAGACAUGGCAGUGGAAAAGAAAAGAAAGCACUCACUUACAGUGAUCUAUCAAAUACUGCAGAAGAGUCGGAAACUUUCCAGUUUCUUGCAGAUAUAUUACCAAAGAAGAUUUUAGCUAGUAAAUAUCUGAAAAUGCUUAAAGAGAAGAGGGAAGACGACCAGGAGGAGGAGAAGGAUGAGAGUGACGCUGACGAAGCAGAAUCCUAACCCAAGUGAAGUGCUUUCAAGAUCAGCCUGGAAGGACCUCCUGGAUUAGCACCGUUGCUCUGAAGUGAGCAUGACGCUGUGCAGCUUUUGUCUCUCCACUUUUCAGAGCCUUCGAGCACACUGUGUUCUUUCCCGGCAGAGAGAGAGCACACUGUACCUCUGCCAUAAAUAGCCAGGAGGAGAGUAACCCGGACAACAGGCGCUCUCGGACAGGCCUCUGCAGUUGGAGCUGGAGGGACCGAGGCACCAGCAGCCUGCAGCUGUGAGCGGUGGAGGCAGAGACACCUUUGCUUAACUUUUUAGUUUACAGGUAGAUUUUGAAGAACUUCUAAAUAUCAGUUGUAUAAAUUCACAUGUAUAUUCUGAAAUUAGUUCCUGUAAACAGCUAGACGCUGUUUUAGCUAAAUAUGUAGCCUGUGGGUAGUACGUUAACGUUUGCAUUUUCGUAUUUCAAGAAGAUUUCCGUGGCUUUGUAUUUGUCCAGAUACUGCAUUUUUUUUAACUGUAAAGAAAUAAAAUUGUCUUUUUUUAUUGAAAGCUUUA